CAAAAAAGGAUCUCAUCGAGGCACAGUCCUCUUCCUCCGCCGUCCAGGUUUAAACUCAACCGUGCUGAGGGGUCGCAAUUAGCCCCUCCUGGCCGCGAUCCGAAUACAAUUGCCGGCAAUUCCACCCAGCCGUUCCUGGAAUUUGCAACAACCGCCGCGUUCCCCGCUCAGUUGAUUGCCCCCGAUUGCAGUCAACAUCGCCCGACCAUGGCUGCGGAGCAUACCGUCACCCAGGCCCUGCUGGAAUGGGUCAACAGUUUCGCCUUGGGUAAGACUAUCCGGACGACCGAGGAGUUAUCGGAUGGCACCAUCAUUUGGGAGAUCUUGCAGGACAUCGAUCCGCAGUAUUUCCUCGACGAGAUCCCCCAGCGCGCCCCGUCCGACCACUGGCUAUCCAAAUGGCAGAACCUGAAACAUAUCCACAAGUUGCUCGUCAACUACAUCCGCCAACAACCCGAUGGCAUGCCCACGGGUCUUGACCCCAAUCCCAACCUCGAAUUGGUCGCCGAAAAGAACUCCGUUAAGGAGGCCAACAAACUCCUGAAGCUCCUUCUGAUCGCCGCCAUCCGCUCCCCCAACGCGCAGACCUACGUCGAGACCCUUCAGAGCCUAAGUACCCCGACGCAAGAGACCCUGAAAAACAUCUUCGAAGAAGCUCAGAAUGGUCAGCAUGAGGCUAUCGAUGGCGAGGACGAUGUCAAGGAGGAGCGGGAUCUGCCCGUCGACCCGGAACUGCAGUUUGAAGAGCGGGUAGGAAAGGUGUUGGCGGAGAAUAACCGGAUGGCGCGUGAGAAAAAGGACAUGCAGAAACAGAUCGAUGAUAUGCACGAUCGCCUGGCGCGCCUCCAGGAGAACAACGAUACCUUACAAAGCCGACUUGCAUCGACCGAAGACCGACUAGUCAACUUGAGGUCUGGGAAGGGUGAUCUUGGACUCAGCGCAAAGGCUCUCGAGUCUAAAUCCCGCCAACAGGAAGACAUUAUCGCAACCCAGGAAGCAAGGCUGGCUACAGCGCAGGAUGAGAUCGACAGUUUACGCAUGACGGUGGAGUCGUUACGCGUCAAGAACCAACGAUUCCAGAAGCUUCAGGAUGACUAUGAUGAGCUGAAGACUGAGCGAGAUCAACUCGCUCGUAAGGCGAAUGCGGCCGAAAAGUACCGCCAGAAGCUGCAGGCUAGCCAGGACUUCGAGAAGGAGAACCAGUCGCUCAGGAACCAGAUCAAAGACUUCCAGCAACAGCUGAAGGAGGCGGAUUCGCAGCAGAAAUGGAACUCCGAGCGUGAGGUGGAGCUUGAAGAAUACCGCAGAGUUUUGCCUCGCAUUGAGCAGGAGUGCAGUGAAAUCCAAAACCUGAAGAAGCAGCUCGAGUUCAACAACCAUGCUCUCACAGAGCGACUCAGUAACGCCGAUGAGCAGCGCGAACGUGACGAUGCUUUGAUAAGCGAGCUCCGUGAGCGAAUCCGUGAACUGGAAGGUUCUCCUGGAAGCCCAUCCCUGACGCCGGGUACUGAAACUCCCAAGCUCGAGGGCACUCUGCAGAAAGACUUUGAGGCGAUCGGUGUGAAGGAAUCACAGCUGAAAUCUGAGAAUGAAGAGUUGAAGAAAGAAGUGGAAUCUCUAAAAGGGCCAUCCGUGGGCUUGGACUUUUCCGAAGCCUUCAAUGAAACGCUGCAACAGGCCCGCGCAAAUUCUUCGCAGAGUGAUGAUUACUGGAAGUUGUACGACCAGUAUACAUCUGCCCUCAAGAGAUUGGCCGAGGCCCAAGAAGCUCUCGAUGUAUCCAAGAGAUCGCUGAACGAUGCGCUAGCGGAAAUUGAACUCUCCAACAAAGAGAACAUGGAUCUGAUUGCCGAGAUCAAAGCGAGCAGCGCAUCGGAUUUGACUAAGGCUCGUGAAGGAGAAGAUGAUGCUAUGCGCAGACUGUACAAUUUGCAGGCCGAGCUUGAUUCAACCCAGGCUCUGGUCCAGGUCACAUGUGCCGAACGUGACGAUCUACGAAACUUGCUCGAGAAGAAGCAAGCGGAGUUCCGUGCGGAAGAUCAUGAAGCUGCAGAGGAAAUGAAGAAGCUGCUGGCCGAACUCACUGCACAGGAAAAUGGCGAUGAUCCCGAAGCUGCUCAAAAGUCGGCUGUAGAGCUCAUUAGACAAGUCGCCGCGCAGAUUGAAAAGAAUCUGGAGAGGCUGGCGAAACGUGCAGAGUAUAUCCAUCAACAGAACGAACACAUCAAGUUCCUCCAAGAGCGGAUAAAGCAACUUGAAGAGGAUACGGAUGAUGGAAUCAGCAAAGAGCGCGAGCUCGAACUCCAGAAGAUAAUCGAUGCUCAAGCGCGGGAGCUGACUUUGAUGAGCUCCUCCUGGUACGAACUCCAGAAUCGAUUACAGAACAACAACAUUGGCCUGGCCCGGUAUCGGAAUGGAUCCCUGGCCGAUGCUCAGAAGGGCUGGCUAGCCAGGCAAAGAAGCGUGGUCGCUGGUCGAUAAAGCUCCGGUUUGUAUGUUGGCGAUAUGGUUUACGUCCUAUCUCUUCUUCGUACAUGUCUUUCUAAUUCUACCCUUUCCCCCUUUUUUCUCCCCUGCGCAUUUUCUAUCGUUACCAAGACUGUGUUUGUUGUUGCUAUACCUUUUUCUUUCUACAUACAUAUGUUUCCGUUGCUCGCCGCGCUAUACCAGCUCGUUGCGGCUCAACUACUACGACUACUACUACUACCCCUGGGUUUUCCGUUGGAGCUUGAUCGGCAUUAUAAACAUAUCAUACGCACAUUUAUGGCAUUGCUGCAUGUGUUAGACA